UUUAAAUCCAGAACCAUGUCUAACUGUUUAUUUUAAAGGUAUUGCAAGAUGAGGGUUCUACUGGUGCUAAGUGUACUCCUGGUUGCUGGAGUAGUUUACGGAGAUCGUGGUGGUUCAUGUCCUGAUGCCCUAGCUCCAACCUGCAAGUGUCCUGAUGGUACUAUAGUUCCACCCAGGAGUAAACGAGAUGCGCAUAAGAAACCUUGUCCUUCAGGUCGUCCUUCUUGCCUCUGCACUGACGGAUCUGCUCCUGUCAAGGAGGAAAGAGAAGAGGGUCGACAUCAUUCUCCUUGUGCAGAUAAAGCUGAACCAGUUUGCGCAGACCCUGAGGAUAGGAGUACAUGUAUCUGUGAGGAUGGAACCAUUAUUCCUCCGAGAACCGAAGGAGGAGGAAAGAAAGAUAAAAAGAGAGAUAAUUAAAGAAUAUAAAUACAAGCGCAUCUUACAGUUAAAAAAUCAUUCUUUUUUCAAACUUUGAAAUAAACCAAAAUUCGUACUUGUAGAAAUGAUAAUAUUCGUAAUUAAUGUUAUUUAUCACUGAAAAUAUAAAAAAAUUCAGAACUUU